UAAAAUGCAUGUUGAUGGAAGCUCUUUAGCUACAAUGUAGCAUUACUCGAAAAAGGAACAGCGGAACCUUUUAUUCGACACCUUUGUUCCACACGAGAAAUGAAUUCGAAACAACCAUCUCGCCACAUUGUCCCAGAGAAAGUAUUUUUUACAAACUAAAUGUAUUAGUUAAUAAUGGAAGCUACGCCAUCAAACACUUCCAACAAAGAAAAGGGGGUUGCGUUGGGAUUUGUGGAAGAAGCCGACGCCUGGCAACUCCGAAGUUCUCAGUUUCCCAGUAAAGUGGGUGGUAGACCUGCUUGGUUGAGCCAGUCGGAUUUACCAUCUCUGCCUGAUCUGACAUGUGCAAAAUGUCAGCUCCCCACAGCAUUUUUACUACAAGUCUAUGCUCCGAUUGUCGGUCAGGACUGGAGUUUUCAUAGGACUCUUUUUGUAUUCUGUUGCAAGACGCCAACCUGCCACACACGGAACGAUAAUCAGUGCUUCAAAGUGUUUAGAAGUCAGUUGUCUAGGAAAAAUGACUUUUACCCAUAUGACCCACCACCGGAGGAGGAACCAGAAGAGAGCAGUAGUGACUGUAUGCUGGAAUCAGGAAUUAAGCUCUGCAGAGUGUGUGGUUGUCCUGGACAUAAAGCUUGUUCACGCUGCCAUGCAGUUACUUACUGCAGCAAGGAUCACCAGACCAUAGACUGGAAACACAGUCAUAAGAAAGAAUGUUGUAAAGAAGCUAGCAUCACAGUGUCUACCUCUCCAUUCCUGUUUCCUGAGUUUGAGCUGGUCACGGAACCUGAGGAGUUAGAGGAAAAAGAUGAGUCUAAUGUCACAGACGAUGUGGAGGACUCCGACACUCACCACACUGAUAACGACUUGGAUGAAAAUGAGCUUGAGGACAUGGCCCUUCAUGAAACUCAGGACAGCAAAGUGGUCCAAAUUUUUAAACAGAGGACAUCUGUAGAGCCGCAUCAGGUUCUGCGAUACGAAAGAGGUGGGGUUCCCCUAUGGGUGUCCUCAGAGCAUAAAACUCUGGAAGAGAAUAUUCCCAAAUGUUCAUGUGGUGCCAAAAGAAUAUUUGAAUUUCAGGUUAUGCCGCAGUUACUCAUCAACCUGAAGGUGGACAGCACAGAUGCCUCCAUUGACUGGGGAACCUUGUUGGUCUAUACAUGUGCAAACAACUGUCAGCAGGGCAACAAAUAUGUCCCAGAAUUCAUCUGGAAACAGGACUUUUCAAUGGAUCAACACCCAGUGUAAAUAGCAUAGCUAUAGAAGAAAAAUCUGUACAUAGGAUGACUGGUGAAAUUAACAUAAAUGAUGUAAAAGACACAAGAAAUGCUGUUUUUUUUUUUCUAUCAGUAUGGUAAUAAUCCUAAUCACAAUGCUAAACUGAUUGCUUGUGCAUUAAAUACAUGUGUGAUGAAAUACACCUUUUUUGGAAUAGUGAUGUUACAUAAUUGAUUGAUUAGUUCUUUUCAAAUAAAAUCAAGUUACCUUUA